AUGGAGGGUCCCAGCAAAUUGCCUGAAAUGGCAGACGGACAUGGAGAGGUACCAUCGAGCGCAAGUUCGGCCGAGAAUAGCUCGGUGUCUGGCUAUGAAGUCUCGCAGCCAAAUCACGACACCAAGAGAAAUAAUCUGGCCGUGGAGCCCUUCCAACCCGUACUUGAGAUAUUGAAACAGCUUGAAGAAGAAGACACCGAGCUUGCAUUUCAGGCUGCACGCCUGGUGGGGUACUAUCGGUGUUUGUGGGAGUCUUGCGUUUCCAAACACACAGAUGGCAAGCAGCUUGAAGAAGCAAACGAAAAGCUACGGGCCGGAAAUAUUCAGCUAUGCAACGAAGGAAGCCACUUGAAGCUUCGCCAAGAUGAGCAGGUAGCUCGCUUGCAUUCCAUUGAAAAUGCAUUGGAUGAAGUUCGGGGAAACCUUAUUGGUGUACUCAAAGUUUGGAACGAUCGAUCGGCCGCUGACUUGGCCAUUUUGCCAGGAGAUGCGUUUCCCAGACAUUAG